AUGAAUAUUGAUGAAUAGAAAUGUAUUCUAAGAAUUUAACUUAUUGCAGGACAUUAAAUGUUAUUAGAUAAGGAUUAAUAGAGAUGUUUUAUAGAAUUUAAAUUGGAUGGUGAAUCAAAAUAAAGUUAUGAAAAAAUGAAAUCAGAUGAUUUUUUUGAUUAAGUGUUUCAUUUUCAUAUAAAUCAAAAUAAGAAUGCAAAUAGAGAAUUAUAGGUUUUAUUAUGCAAUAUCAACAGAGGUGGAUAUAUGUCAAAGUAAACUUUAGGCAAAAUUAAUCUAAGACAAUUUCCAUUUUAACUAAAUCAUUCUUUUGAUAGGGAUAUUUCUAAUACAAGUAAAUAAUUAAUUAAACUAAUUUAGUUAAGGAUAAAUUAGUCACCAUUUAAGUAGCUUUGUCUUUUAUUAAUAAUCUCUUUGUAGAUAAUGUAACUGGAGAAGUAAUUGUAAAUUUAUUAUCAAUAAUUCCAUAAAAUAAAGGUAUUUUAGCAAUGUCUUUGGGUGGAAGUUAAACAACUUAUACAUUCUAAGCAGGAACAGAAUUAAAAAUUAUAAAUGAUUCACCAUAUUGUAAAUUAACAUUGAUUUAUUAUUAUGAUGUUACUCCUAAAGAAUAUUUUGGUAUCAAUCAAAUUAAGUUGCUUAAAUAAUAAUCUCUAAAAAAAGAUAUAUUUUUAUGUGAUUUAAAUUGGAAAUAAAAAAACAAUGAAUUAGAGGCUUUUUUGGAAAAGAUAUAAAUUAAUGCAGGAAUGUUUAGAAUCAAAGUAACUUUGUCAAGGAAAUAAGAAAUACCUAAAAUUGUAGAAGAGAAAUAAAUAGUUCCUCAAAAAAAAGUUAUGGCUUUUAAAUCUAUUAAAAUAGAAGGAUUUCCAACUAAAGAAUUAGGUAAUGCUAAAUAUUAUUUACAAAUACGUACUCCAAAUUAUUUCUAUUUCACUCAUCUUAGUGUAAUACCUUAAUGGGAUUGUGAUUUUGCCUUGUACGAAUAAAAUUAUACUAUUAUACUUUAUAAUUAUUUGGGAGAUAAGAAGACUUCUUAUUUAGCGAAAUUUGAAAAUAGUAAUGAAGGAGAAUUAAGUUUACCAUUUUAAUAAUUCUUAAAAACUUUUUAUGGUUCAAAUCCAAAUCAAUUUUAAAAAGUUACUUAAUAUCUAAAUCUGUAAAUCCGUUGCGAUAUUACUGAUUAUACUUCACCUAUUGUUGAUAAUCCAAGAGGUAUUAUCAACCUACCAAUUACUGAAUUUAGUAUAAAUGAAUAUCAAGGAAAUUUUAUGAUGUUUUAAACUUAAUCAAUUUAUGAUUAUGUUCAAGUACGAAAAUAUAAGGCUAAUAGAGCAGAAAUUGCAUUUGAUAUACCAUUAUAUGAAAUUAAAAAUUCAAUAUGUUUUGGUGGACAAUAAAUACCAAUUAAAUAUGAUAGUGAUGAUUAAAAUAAAGAAUAAGUAUUAGAGGAGAAAUUAGAAAAAAGUAAUUUUGUUAAAAUUACAGUUCAUUCUGUUAAAAUUACAAAGAAUGAAAAUCUAUAAGUAACAAUAAAUGCUGAAGAUUUGAGUUUUCAAACAUCAAAAAUCUGUGGAAUAUAUUUUGGAUAAUCAUUCAUUUGUAAAUUUCCAAAUAAAUUAUCAAUAUAAUUGAUAAAUCGAACUGAAAAUGAUAUUAUAUAAGAUACAUUUACUUCAUUUAUUGAUUUGCAAUAACUUGAUUUUUUGGGAACAGAAUCAUUUGUUAAUAUAUAAAUGAAUUCAGUAAACAAAUAAUGUUUACUUACUAUAAGAUUGGAAAUGAGUGGACACAUAGCAUAAGUAAAUAGAUUAUCCAUUAUUCCAUAAGCACUUUAUCCAAUUAGUACUGAAGGUACUUAUUAUAUGAGAGUAUUAUUUUCCUACAGAUUCUAUUAUGAUUAUUAAUAAGUUAAAAGUGAGAAAGAUUAUUUAAUAUUUGAUAAAUUUGAAUGGACAGCAGAGGAUCUUUGGAAACCAAUAAGAUUCUAAUUGUUUUAUUAGAGUGGAAAUAAGAAGGAGAAUCAUACUCUAUUAGCAGAUCAUCAAUUAUAAGCUAUUGAUUUAUUAUGGAAAAAUAAAAAAUAUGUGAUUAGAGAUAAAUGUAGAUUUGAAAUUAAGAAAGAAUAAAAACAUGGAUUAGAUGUUCCUUAAAAAAUAAUAAAGGGAUUAGACCAGCCAAAGAUUUUUGUUAAAUUUACUCCUUUAAGUGUUUAAUUUUAAUAAAACUCUUAAGAUUUAGAAUAAGUAGAAGGGUUUGCAAUGCAAUUACAUCACAUAACUAAAGAUACAAUAGCACGUUUAAAAGAUAAUUUAGAUUUUGAGUAUAAUGAAGGUUUGAUGGAAUAAGAUAGAACAGAAAAUUGUGUAUUAAAAUAUCCUGUGUCUACUUAAUUGUCUAAAUUAUAAAUAGAUAUUAGCAUGAUUAAAUUAAUUAAUUAAGAAUUGAGAAUAAAUUAGUUUGUAGUUCCAAUUGAUGUUAAAUAAUUAGAUUCAAUACAAUAUGUAGAAACAAGAAGUGAUAUACCAAUGAUAUUGAAAUUUCGAAGAUAAAUUAUAUAACAUAUGAAAUUAUCUCAUAAAUCACUUUAUGAUGUUUCAAUAACUAAUAUUGGAAUCAUAAAUUAAGGCUUGACCAAUUUUAAAUUUUAUGUUGGAAAAACAAACUUAAUUAAGUAUCCUUGGAUAAAAGAUGGAGUACUUCAAUAAACUUUUAAAGAGAGUGUUUAACCAAUCUUAUUUUAAUUAGAUGAGAUUGAUACAAAUUUAGAAUUUGUUUUAUUUACAGAUGUAAUGAUAUAUAGAAGACAUGUAAUAAAUAUUAGUACAAUAUAAUUUAUUUAUAAUGAUGAAUAGUAAGUUGGAACUUAUGAUUUGAUUUAAGAAGAAUUUAAAUGUUAAAUCAUUAUAAAGGAAUCUUCAGAAGAAUUUAAAGCUGGUUAUCCGAUAAAUAUUUCUUUUAAUACAAUGACAAAAUUAAAAAAUAUGGCAGGUAGAUUUUUUAAGUAUAGAUUUAGUUAUAAUUUUGAGAGUAAAUUAUUCUCAAAUUAAUUAAAAUACACAUUCUAUACAUCUAUUAAUUCUUAUGUAUCAUUUAUUUUAUAAAGAAGUGAAGGAUAACUUGAAGGUGAAUAUGAAUAUACAAUAAUCAUUCCAGAAAGAAAGAAAUUUCCUAGGAAUCAUUCAGUUGCUAAAAUAUUUUUAGGAUCUAAAGAGCUUUAUCUUGUUAGACAUUAAGAAACUAGAGGUGAAGAUAUGGAAACUAUUUUAGAAACUAAAAUAAAAAUUAGAAAUAUUUAUGUUCUUAGUAUAGAACCAACUUAAAGUUUUACAUGUGUUACAAAAGAAGGUAAAAUUAUUGAAUUAGAUGAAUAAUAUUUAGUUUAUAAAUAAAUCAAAACUCAAUUUACUAUUGGUAAAUUUGAAAUAAUGAUUUAUAGAUUAUUAAAAGAUAUUGAAAAAAAUUAUUCUAAUAAAUAUAUUGGACCAGAUUUAAGACUAUGUUUAAAAUAUAAUAAAUAAAAAUAUUGGAUAACAGGUAUUAAUGAUUAGGGUUUAAUGAUGGAUGGAGAAUUUUAGAAAUGUGAAUUUUAUGUUUCUAAUGUUACAGAUCUAUUAAAAAUUUAAUUAUUUAUUCAUGAUUAUUUAGUAGCUGAAAAUGAAUAUUGUGUACCUUUAUUAAAAGAAUAAUUCAUUUAAGAAUUAUAAAGAGUUAUGUAUAGAUCUAAUGAUUUAAUUUAUCAUUUUCAUUAAAAAUUAAAACUUAAAAACAUUUGGGUUAUGGGUAGAUGUAAAUUUUAAAAGUAAAAUUGGGUUAAAAUAUUUUUUAAAUUUCUUAAAUUAAAGAUAAAUCAGGAUCAAGAUGAAGAAAAAUAAUUGAGAAGUUAUUCAUUAAAAGUAUCUAAUAACUAAUUAGAUUGGAUUUCUAAAGUUUAUUCAACAUCUAGAAAUAGUACAGAAAUUGAUUUUCAAGAUGAAGAAAUAGUUGAUUAAAUUAUAUCACCAGGAGAAGAAGAUUAAGCUUUUUUCAAAUUGGAUAUAAGAAUGAAUGGUGAUAUUAUUGCUGAAAAAUUAUUAGUCUUAAAACCUUUUAUUGCUAGAAAUGUCAAUAAUUUUCCAUUUGAAUUUAAAAUUAAUGAUAAAAUUUCUCUAACUUCUGCUAUUGAAGUAUCAUAAAAAUUUAAAAGUGAAAAUUUUAAGAAAUAAAUUGUUUAGGAAUAAAAAUUUGAUUUCAGAAAAACUAGUUAUGAAGAUUUGAUUAUUAGUAUGUUAAACUUUUAAGGAAGAUUUGAUAAAAUAUUUCAAGAAAUAUUUGAAUUUCUAACAUACAAUUUACCUAACAAAUAUGAACCUGAUAAAUUAUUUAAAGUUUGUAAAGCAAUAUUUUGUAUUCAUAACACUAAUUUAACAUUGGUUUGUAUUUCAACAUAAUGUAUGUCUACAAUAUUUUUAUCUCAUUCUAAACAACUUAUGGGUUAAAUUAGUCAUCUUUUAUUAUUGUAAUAAAUACAAGAUCUUGUUACAGCUAAAAAUAAAGCAUUUAAACCUCUAAUAAAUAUUCCAUAUUAUGAUGAAUAUCUACCAACAUCAAUUAACACUAUUAAAAAUUUAUAAAUGAAUGAAGGUGAAUUACUUGCUUAUCUUAAAGCCAAUUUUCAUAAAGUCAAAGAAGAUUUAUUCCAAGAAUCAAGAGAUAAGCAUUCUGCUAAAAUUACUUAUAGUUGUAUAAAAAUCUUAGAUACCUUGCUUUAAAAUAAUUCAUCAUCUGGAUUAGAAGUAUUAAAAUAUUUACCAAUUUUAAUUGAGGCUUAUUAAUAAUUUGACGAUUAUGAAAAUAAAAUUGGAAAUAUCUUUACUAUCUUAACUAAUACAUUAAUCUAAAUCUACUUAAGUCAAGAACAUGUUUAAGAAAUCAUUAAUAUUGUCAAUUCAAACUUUGUACUUCUCCUUUAAGUAUUUUUUGAAACUAUUGAAAAAGCUAGUUAAUAAUAAUUUAUAGCAAUAUUAUUAACUAUGCAUCAUAUUAUAAAAAUUGUUAAUUAAGACUAACUACAAUUUUUAAAAUUAGUUUUAAAGUAUCUAAUUAGAAGUCUUAUUGUUUAAAAAGAUCUUGAGUUACAUAUAGGUGUAGCAAUUGAAUAUUUUUAACCAAAUUAUUAGUAAAUAUUGAAGUAGGUACUUUCAGAAGUUUCCUUAGAAAAGAUUGCAUUAGAGAUAAUUCAAUAGGAAUUUUAAAAUAUAAAAUAGAGUAAUGUUUUAUCUAAUUUAUUUGAUAUGAUAAUCUAAUCAAUAGAACUUGGAAUUGAACAUGUAAUUAUUAUUAUAAUAUAAUAUAGCCUUAUUUAAAAUUGUAAGAAUAUAUAAAGUAGGCUCAGCCAAAACAUGAAUCAAAUAAAAUAAAAGUUGAAAAGUUUAUGACAUUUAUGAGCAAAAGAGCAGAAAGAGAAGAAAAAUUAAAAUUACUAAAAGAGAAGAAGACUUAAACAUAAACAAUUGAUGAAUAAAAGAAGAGAUUAAUGGAUAGAUUCAUGAUUUCUAAACUUCCUUGGUGA